AUGCAAAGCGAAUCCUCCCAGACCCUCCACAAGCCGCCCUUGGGUACCCUAUGGACCAGCUGGCCGUUCUCCUUGCCACCGACAUGGCCGCCGCCGUCUGCGCCCACCACAGUCGCCGAAAGCACGCCCAUUGCCCCUAUCUCAUCCUGGACGACGACAACGGCAUCGCCGCCGCUCGCGUCCACCACCACGGCGCCCAGCGACGACACCGGGUGGACGCACCACCAGAAGGCCGGCACCGUCAUCGGGCUGGUCCUGGGGCUGUUCUCCCUGCUGGUCGCCCUGUGGCUCGGAUGGCACCUGGUGCAGAAGCGCUGGGCGAGGCAGGAGGCGCUGGUGGAGGAGGAGGAGCGGGGACCAGGGAGACGAGCUGCUGCUGGAUCAAGGGCGGCGGGCACAUGA